AUGCGUGACUUCAGUCAGCUGCUGGGCAGCGUGAGACUAAGCCUCAAACACAGCCCCUUCAGAGCCACGAUGCUUGCUCUGCUGUUCACACUGUUGAUGUUCUCUGGCCUGAGAAGUGUGGGAUUGAGACUGUUCUCCAUGGCGACGGAAACCUACGUGUCUGGAACCCACUCUGCGGCCUUCAUUACCUGCCCCAACAUGGAGGUUGCUAAAGACAUUGCUCGGGGUGUUGUACAGAAGAAGCUGGCCGCCUGCGUGAACAUUGUCCCGCAGAUAACGUCUGUAUACGAGUGGAAAGGAAACAUUGAGGAAGACAGCGAAAUUCUGCUUAUGAUUAAAACACGAAGCACCAAAGUGGGCGAUUUAGCGGCGUACGUGCGGUCGGUUCACCCUUAUGAAGUGGCAGAGGUAAUCAGUGUGCCGAUCGACCAGGGAAACCCACCGUACAUGAAGUGGCUGAGCGACGUGGUGCCGGAAUAAAGUCCUGGGCCUGCGGCCAGAGGAGAGAGACAUCUUUCAGGAGCAGCGGCAGGCAGAGAGCGGCUGUUCCCUUGAGCCCCGCAUUUGCUUUGAUUUGUUUGGUCCUCAAAGGACCUUCUUCUUCAAAUCUCUCCGCUUCUGGUUUUUCCCCAGCACUAGGCUUCCUGAUCUAAUUCCUGCUUCCAGCCCACAGCCUGCCACGGCUAGAAAGGCUUUUGUGUGUCUUACUGUGCCCUCACGGUGAGAAGGCACUUGUGGCAAACACUCUCACCUGUAGGGGACACUUGGUCUGGUCACUGUAAUGAAGGACAUACGAUGUGCUUCAGAACAUCAUGUUAAAGUAUUAUGUUAAAUAUCGUGUACAUGAACUUCACUAACAAUGACCUGUUUAGUGGUGUUCCCUCUGUUAAUUUCUAAUUAAAAUUUUGAUCAGAUUUA